AUGUUUGUUACACUUUGCUUUGCUCUCAUUGGUCCUCCUGUAUAUAUCAAUGGCACUGAUAAUAAUCCUCCCGCUCCUCUACCUAGAGUCAAAUUUUCAGCAAGAAUAGUUCCUCCCAGAAAGCCAAUUCUCGAAAGGAAAAAGAACUUUCAAAAUACUUCUUACAUUCGUAAAGGUAACAGUCUUGUCAGGAAUCCUACUCCAGCUUCUGCUAUACCUCAAAUCACCUCUACCAGUCUCAUGAGGAAACCUACUCCAGUUUCUGCUAUACCUCACAUCUCCUCUACAAAUCUGCUACCUUUGGGCUUAGGUGAAAUACCUAAAGGCACCAAACCUGAAAGCAGGGCUGAUUUGAUAGAUCCGUCAAUCUGCUCAAAAACAAAAGCAUCUAAUAUUGUUCUACCCGUUGACAACAAAUCAGACGAAAAUAUAUCUUUUCGGUUGCUAGAACCCCCUUCCAGUGGCUGCUGUGAAAACACAGCUGAUCUUAGGAAGUCUUCUGAGAGUAAUGAUGCACCAGUCUCCUCUGGAGAUGUACCAAAACAACAUGAAGCUCUUGAAAAACAAGCUGGUCCAUCUAGCAAUGGGGGAUGUACAGCCGAAGCAAAUGAUGGAAAUAUUUCUUUGAACUUAAAAAGAAUAGUUUAUGUAAAGCCUAAAACAAAUCAAUUGGUUGCUACUUCGAGUUCUAGUGAUAUGGUUGUCUCUACUGAUGACAAAGGCCAAACAACCUUCUCUGAUAGCUAUUUCAAGAGGAGAAAAAAUCAAUUGGUUAGAACUACGUUUGAAAACCACACAGUUGCAAUACCCAAUAACAUUGGGAAUUCUGACGCCCGAGGAGCUAGUAGAGUACUUUGCAACAGGAGGUUUACCAAGAGGCGGUCACAUAAAGUUGAUGGGAUGUCAAGUAAAUCUUCAAGAGCCUCAUUGGUGUGGACACUUGGUAGUAAAAAUUCUUCUAGAAAUGACAGGAACUCGUGGCAUUAUCACAAGUUUCCAUGGAAAAGAACAACAUAUUUAAGAAGCUUCAUUCAUAAUUCUUCUUCAAGCUUCAAUAGUGGUUCCUUAUCUGCAGCCGGCAAGAAAUUGCUUCUGUCGAGAAAGAGGGAUACUGUGUACACCAGGUCGACCCGUGGGUUUUCUCUUUGGAAAUCCAAAGUUUUAGGCGUUGGCGGGUCUAGUUUAAAAUGGUCAAAAUCCAUUGAGAAGCACUCAAAGAAAGCUAAUGAGGAAGCCACACUUGCUGUUGCUGCUGUUGAGAGGAAGAAGAGAGAAGCAUUUAAGAAGCUGAGGUAUUACAACCUCCAACCCUAA